AUGGCACGUCCCAACGAGACAAUAUUUAGUGAAGUAUGGCCAAAAUGUUUUGUAAUAUUUAUGGCCAUCAUUGAAUUAAUAGCUGUGCUUAUUCUUUUCAUAACUGAAUUUGGUAAUGUUGGAGUUAAUUUUUGGACAACGAAUGUAUUCGCUGGCGGUUGGUGUGGACUUAUUAUGCUUAUACACGUUAUAUUAUUGUUUGCUACCGGAUGUGGUUCACCUAAACCGUUACCUGCUUUUCGUGCAGUUAUUGUUACAGUUAUUGCUAUUUUGGCUUGUAUUACAUUAAUUGGAUUUGAUGCUUAUUUUAUUGCUCAACCUACAACAUGUUUGUUGACUUCAUCAUGUACUACAAAUGCGGCAUCCAAUGCUACAUUUAGUUACAAUUUUCGACAAUGGUUUUUUACAUUGAUGAAUAAUUGGGGCCCAUUUAAAACUGAUACAGAAAGUCAAGCUAAACUUUUCGUGCAUGCAAUGCAAUUGGGUAUCGGUGGUUUAUGCUUUCUCCUUUGCAUUAUUUAUUUUAUUAUUUAUUAUGUAUGUGCAAAUAAAUCUAAGGUACAAGUAGAACCUGUUUCACAAUCACAACAACCCCAGACCUAUUAUGCACCACCCCAACAACUCCAGGCCUAUUAUGCACCACCCCAACAAAGUUAUUAUGCACCAUCCCAACAAAGUUUUUAUGGCCCUCCACCUCAACAAUAUCCUCAACCACCAGCACCUGCUUAUCGUCGAAAUCCCUAUGUUCGACAAGCAGUACCAGGUCAAAUUCCUUGGAAUUCAAAUAGAAGAUAUUAA